AUGGGCCGAAGAAAGAUUGAGAUCAAGGCCAUUAAGGAUGAUAGAAAUAGAUCAGUGACAUUCCUCAAGCGCAAAGGCGGAUUAUUCAAGAAGGCGCACGAGCUCUCCGUCUUGUGCUCGGUCGAUGUCGCUGUUAUCAUCUUCGGUCACAACAAGAAGCUGUAUGAGUUCUCGUCGGGCGACAUCAACGAAACCAUUGGGCGAUAUCAAUACUAUGGCGGGGCACACGAACACAAGGGGCCGGAGGACUUCAUGGGCAAGAAGGACAUGGAUGACGAUGAUGAAGACAUGGACGACAUGGGAUCGCCGCCUCCGAACUCCCAUUCACCUCCAGAUCAUCCGAUGAUGCCUCCUCAUCUCCAGAACCAACCGCCAUAUCAGCACAUAAGGAACGCGACACCAUCCGCCUCUCCGCCGAUGCCGAACGGUAUGCCAUUCCACCCACGCAAUCCCUCACCUCAGCCACACCCUCAACAACAAGGCAUCUCGCGUCCUCCGUCACGAACACACAUCCGGCGAGCAAGCUCCAAUCUUAUGCCUCCACAGCAUCCUCAGUAUUCGCAGCCGUCCCAACCCCAACCCAACUAUGCAUACAUUCCGCCAGUAUACAAUCACCAAGCCGCUCAAGGCAUGCCAGAAGCUCCGAAGCCUGGUCUGCCGCCGCAUUUCCAGUAUCCGCACCCUCCGCCGAAUAAUGCACAGCUGCAGCAAGCGUAUUUGCAGGAGCAGAGGAGGCAAUCCAUGCCACCAGCUUUUCCCCAACAACAUCAGCAAGAGCAGCGGCCUCCAGCACCCAUGCAGCCAACGCCGCAAUCGCAACAGAACACAUUCCAAAGCCCGCCGCUGCCGCAGCCCAAGCCCUUAUCUUCAGCGGGGAAAUCGAGCAUAUUCACGCCUAUUGAUGACAGCCGGUCACUGCUCGCUCAGCACUGGGGAAGCACUAGCACAGCUGAAGUGGCGCGCAUGGAACCCGCGAUUAAGCCGGAGUUCGGUCCUAGGUCGCAAUCUAUCGAUGUCGCACAGAUGUCUCGGCAUCAAAUGAACGGAGUAUCAUCUAUGCCGCCGCAGCCACAGCACCUGCCCCAAGCGUCGCGGAAUCCGUCGAUCUCGUCGUUACCCAGUAUACCGCCGCCAUCACGGACGAACAGCAUCCAGAUAGGAGGAGAGAAAAGGCCAAGGCUUAAAGUACAAAUCCCCAGCGAGCACUCAGAUGCCGGAAGCGCAACAGCUGGCUCUUCACCAAAAGACACCAAUACCAGUUCAACGCCACAAAGGAGCACGGAAGCCUCGCAUUCAUCUAUAAUGGUUCUGCCCCCACCUUCACCAAGCGCCAGCGCGCUGCUCAGCGCAGGUGCCACUGGGCCAAUAAACCCGUUCGCCAGACCUCCGCCACCCAUCAACCACAACUCUUUUGGAAACCGGAACGACAUGGAAACGCCUAUCUCUGCGCUGCCGAGUAGAUUCGUUGCUGAUGGACUUUUACCCUCGCCUUCCAGCUUCUACCCUGAGUGGGGCUUUGGACGAGAUACCAACAUGUUACCGAGCCCGUUGACGUUUCAGACGCCUGUUGUUGCCAACGGACCGAGCUUCAGAGAUGAAGAUGUCGACAAGAAGAGAAAGCCGUCUGAAGGCUCCGAUGGGGGAGCCAACAAAAGAAUGAAAAACUGA